CUCCGCCCACAAGCCUAUAUUAAAGGCUCGGCCGUCAGCAGCAUUGGCCACUGGCACAAUAUAAUACUGAUUGAUCCGCUGACCGAGGAGAGGGAUUUACUUUCUUCAACCUUUCAUUUCAGCCGUCCUUUAUUUUAUUGAACUAAAACAAUGGCAGACACACAAGUUGACUCCGGCUCGGAUAUCUCUGCCAAGGACCUGAAAGAGAAGAAGCUGGUGGAGGAGAAGGAGAACGGCAAAGAUGCUGCCACCAACGGAAAGGAGAACGAGGAGAACGGUGAGCCUGAUGUAGAUGAUGAAGAGGACGAGGAAGUGGACGAGGAGGACGAGGAAGAUGACGGAGAAGGCGAGGAGGAAGACGAGGAGGACGACGACGACGAGCUCGAGUGCGGCACAAAACGGUCAGCUGAGGAUGAUGACGACGACGACGAGGACGACGUCGAAACCAAGAAGCAGAAAACCGACGACGACGAUUGAUGCGUUUUCCCGCGGCGCCAUCCUGCUGAACCACUUCCUGAUUCUUCACCUCUGACUGUUUUUAUAUGUCGCAGGUGGAGGAGCUGGAGGACUGAUUUAAAGGAAAAAUAAUAAUAAAAAAAAAAUCCAACAUGGUCAUUAGCAAGUAGAGUUCAACAAACAUCGACCGCGUCCACACACACACACACACACACACACUCUCGAUCUCCCCUCAAACCGCUAAAACAAAUUUUCUAGAGGAACUCGCCACCACACCGACGCAGAAAUCCGGCUUCUCUUCAACAACAACAACACGAAAGGAGAAUUUGUUUGUAUUUUUAUUUACAUUUUAUAUUUUUGUACAUAUUGUUAGGAGGGGGGGUCAGUUUCUCUCCCGGCAGCGAUCUCGUCAGACCAAAUCGGUGCUUCUUUAACGAAAGAUUUUACUUGGUUGACCAUGUUACGAUAUCUCAACAGAUACUAGGGAAAACAUGUAAAAACAGUAAAAAAACAACCUCUUAAGCCGUUGAACUCAGAGCAUUCCAGUAAAUUUAAUGUAUGUACUUUAGCUGUACCAUAACUAGUUUGUUUGUAUGGGAGGGUAAGGCCAAAGAAAAGAGCCUCUUUUCUUUUUCCUUCUUAUUUCGUUUUUGUCGGCGACUUUUUGUUUUAUGACGGCCUGUUUUGAUGUAUGUGCGAAGUUUGUUGUUUGACAAUAAACCGGACUUUUAUUUUGUGAGUUGUA